UACUUCCAGUUCAUGAAGAAUGUCAUCGAUUCCCACGGAUUCAAAGAAUUGCUCACUAAUUGUGAUUCAUUUGGUACGGCAGCCGACGCCACGAAGACUGCCCUCCCAGGCGUUUUAGAGACCGAUAACUUUCAGUCCGAUUCCCUGAACCUAUUAACUAAACUACGCGCAGCGCAGCCUAAUAAGCCCCUGUAUGUGUCCGAGUUCUGGCCAGGGUGGUACGACCAAUGGGGAGAUGACAAACACCACACCUAUGAUGUUAACUUUUUUGAGAAGGAGAUCACCGAUGUACUGUUCAAGGCCAAUUCAUCGGUUAAUUUCUACAUGUUUUUCGGUGGCACUAACUUUGGGUUUAUGAACGGGGAUACUGUGGUCACUAGUUAUGAUUAUGACGCACCACUAUCUGAGACAGGCAAUUAUACCGCAAAGUAUUGGAAAACUAAGGAAUUGAUUGAGAAGUUCACGAAAGAGAGAGGUUUACCACAACUAUUGAUACCUAAACCCCCGGUCGUGUCGCUAACCACUGGUUACGGGAAACUCAAAGUUAAGGAUUACUUGAGUUUAGAGGACGUGUUGACCAAAAUCAAGCCAAUCGUCACCGAAAAGCCACAACACAUGGAGUUCUUGAAUAUUGGCUCAAAUUAUGGACAAAAUUUUGGUUUCAUUCUCUAUAGACUCGCAAAUGUUAAUAAGUUUAAGCAUUUGAAACUCACGGGUGGUGCCUCUGAUCGAGGAGUCAUACUCGUAGACCACAAAGAGGUCGGUGUUGUCGACAACAAUAAAGACUAUAAUCAGGACUUAAUUGACACACAAUUUGCAAACACAACGACUCAUACGUUGGAUAUAAUCGUCGAAAACACGGGUCGAGCGAAGAUUGGGGACGGGAUUAAUACCGCCCGAAAAGGUCUUAACGGCGAUAUCAGUAUCGAUACAAAAGUUGCCACAAAUAUUGUCUGUAAAGGCGAACUUAAGUUUCUUGCGAGGGAUACAUUCAUACGACUGGACGGUUGGGUGAAGGGAAAUAUAUUCAUCAAUGGUUUCAAUAUAGGCCGGUAUUACCACAUCGGACCCCAACAAACACUUUAUAUCCCUGCACCGUUACUAAAAACGGGAAAAAAUGAUAUAUUAGUGUUUGAAUUACAUUCCGCCACCGAUUCGGUUGACUUCACGGAUACACCGCGCUUAUACAGCGAUAACCAAACCAUAAGAUCUUAUUUAUCGCUAAUUAUUGGCCAAAACUAUUGGUUCGUCGGCUUUAACGACAAAACAGAUCCGGUUUUGCAAACAAAUAGUUAUCAAAGCGAUUGGUUUGGCAAACGAUACACCACUGGGUUUAGCGUCCAAUACAACAAACAGUACUUCUAUGCACUCUAUAAGCCCAGUGACCAGACUCUAGAUUGGGGGCAAUUCCGUGACGGCGCCUAUAGUUUGACAAACACUGACCGAUCGUUUGAAAAGCCGUUGAACUUAACGUUAGGUCCGGGAUUCACACCCACCGUCAGUAUCAUCGCACCGUUAGGCCAAUCGAUUAUCUGCCUCUUAAGCCAAGAGGUGAUGGCGUUCACCGACGUGUUCGCCAAAAACUACCGGUGCUUUCACUUCACGACACUCACCUACUUUACAGAGACCACAAACACCACUCUCAACGACAUUCACCGCGUAUUUGACGGCAAAGUGAACGCCGAGAGCCCACACAAAAUGCUGGCCGUAUUCGGACCCUUUGACGAGCACCGGUACCUAAUGUUAUACAAACUAGACUACAAUAUCUACUCGUGUUGGGUGCCGGCGUCCCACGUGUUUGGCGAUUGCCAGAAUUUAACACAACACUUGUUAAUAAGUUGUAAACCCGUGCUAUGGAUCCCACUGUUAUCUAGUUUAUCCGUGACUAACCUGGACACUCUCUACGCCAUCUGUUAUCUCGUGAUAGGGCUGUCCAUUAUACUGACAACUCUUGUGGUAUUUAUGAUGUAUUUAGUGUACUCGAUAGACAUAUCGUCGCCCCAUAAAAAGGUUAAGCGAGCAAAGAGUCCCCAAUCACCUCCAGGUGCUCACAAACCCCGGUCACCGAUCGCCCUUAAUAAAAGGCUUGACCUGGAGCCAGAUAUAGGCGCUAAGAAAGCUGUACACAAACGUCCCCGGGCUCCCAAAUCCAGGUCACCGAUCGCUGUUAAUAAAAGGCAUGACUUGUCGUCAAAUAUAGGCGCUAAGAAAGCUGCAGAAAAACCUACCGGUGCUGUGACACCGCCGAACAGUAGUGUCAAUACGCCCGACGAGUCAUCCCCAUAUAAUAAUAUGACGACCGUAAACGACAACUGCGCCCACAGUUAUGCCCAAAAAGAAUGGGAGCACAGCUUUGGCACAACCACUGGGCCUACAGGUGCUCUCAACGGGCUCUCCGGCCAAGGAGUCUACGGACUUAUCCUUUUCAGACGGAUCCAUGGAAUUCACAGAGAAUUGACUCAACCUUUCAGUUGGGAUGGUAUCGGAAGGGAGAUCCCAUUCACGCGGCACAAGUAUUGGGAACUGACGGCAAACUGGAAGUCAAACAAAAGUGAUGACAAAACUAUGGCUUUAAAACUCAAAUUGAAUGCAAUCUCAGCAGAGAAUCAAUGGUUUGACAGUAAAUACAGGACUGGUUUCGCUGUCAGACACAACUCAACGAAAGCCUAUUUAUUUGUGUUCAACCAAAUGGUCACCACUUAUUCAUACGGACUCUUAAAUCCGUCGACAAAUACCAUCGAUUGGCAGGUGAUGUACGACAACACCGACGACAUCCAGACCAUCGGAUCCCAGUAUUUCAAACAUCCGGAAACUCGUAUCACAUUUGAGGACCAAUUCAAACCGAUCGCCAACUUUAAGGUUCACGAUAUGCCGGAUGUCAUGUGUUUUGUGGGCCAACAACAGUCCGCUACAGAUAAGCCGUUUAAUCUACGCUACCGAUGCUAUCAGUUCAGUAAUGUGUCAAAUGGACUGAAGGCGAAGGAGUAUACCCGCGAGACUGGGGAACAGUACCCAAAAGGGUUUGCCACCUAUACCAAAGAGACGGGUAAAAGGGUCCAGUUUAUUGAACAGUCCACGAGUCAGUACGAACUGAUUGGCAUGUUUGGACCUUGGUUCAAUACGCAUUAUGGGCUACUAUUCAAGGAGGGAGUCACCAUUUCAUACUGUAUUACGAGCCCUAAUUAUACCCAGUGUGAACAACCUAAAACAGCCCUGAUCACAUGUUCCGAUAGUAGCAGUCUAUUUGGUGGUAAUGUCAAUAUACUCAAAGGUGGUGGUGUGUAUGUAUCCCUGGUCAUUGGCAUAUUGCUUGUCAUAAUGAUAGUGGCAUCAGUGGUAGUUUAUGGGAUGUUAAGCCGAAAUCAAGCAAAUCUCCGGCAAUACAACAAAUACCAAGCGUUUCCCCAAAAUGAAAACGUGUUCACAAACUACUAA